AUGACCAACAAUUUGCAAAAGGAAAGGGCUCAGCAAACGCUCAGUGUCGACAGCCUCAACGCGUUCCUGGACCCGGAUCACAAGAACACCGCUGCCAUCUACCAGCAGAUCAUCAACGACCCGGUGCUUGUCACUUCGAAAAGCUACUACGAUUUGACCAAGCCGCAGUUGAGAGAGCUCUGUGCGCAUAAGGUUAAGCGCUUGUCCAGUUACAUUGAGAAUGAGAGCUUUGAGGAGUUUGAGAACAGGCUGAGUUUACUCUCAGUGUCUGACCCAGCCGUCGCCACCAGAGUUGGUAUCAACCUGGCGCUAUUCUGUAACGCCAUUAAGGGUAACGGUACCGAUGACCAGAUUGACUACUGGCUCAAAGAGAGAGGUACUUUGAAGUUGAGAGGAAUCUACGGGUGCUUUGCCAUGACCGAGCUGGGCCAUGGCUCUAACGUUGCUGGUUUGGAGACGACAGCAACUUAUAACCCGGAGAGACAAACGUUCACCAUCAACACGCCAAACUUGGCUGCAACAAAAUGGUGGAUUGGUGGUGCUGCGCACUCUUCAAACCACGCUGCAGUUUAUGCUAGGUUGAUCUCUGGUGGUAAGGAUUACGGUGUCAAGGUGUUUGUAGUUCAGUUGAGAGACUCAAACUUUGACUUGCUUCCUGGUGUCUCUAUUGGUGAUAUUGGUUCCAAGAUGGGUAGAGAUGCCAUUGACAAUGGUUGGAUCCAAUUCAACAAUGUGGAAAUCCCAAGAGAGUAUAUGUUGCAGAAGUUUAGUACCAUUGAUCCAGAUGGAACUGUCAACUUGACACCAUUGGAGCAAAUCUCCUACUCUGCUUUGCUCCAAGGUCGUGUCAGUAUGGUUUUGGAUUCCCACAGACAUGGUGCCAGAUACAUCACGAUUGCUCUGAGAUACUCCAUUGGUAGAGAACAAUUUGGUGAGGUUGGUAAAGAGACUCAACUGAUCGAUUAUACUCUUCAUCAGUACCGUUUGUUGCCAUACUUGUCUCUAGUUUACUUGCUUGGACCGGGUUCUCAAAAGCUCAUGGCUAGUUACAACCGUAUCUUGAAUGAUUUGUAUGCAGCAAAGAACAUCAAGAAGUCCAUCACCGAAUUGAAGGACCUGUUUGUUGCUUCUGCCUCUUUGAAAUCUACAAACACUUGGUUGAUUUCUCAGUUGAUCGAUGAGGCUAGACAAGCAUGUGGUGGUCAUGGAUACCAUGCCUACUCUGGUCUGGGUCGUGCUUUCCAGGACUGGUCUGUCCAACAAACUUGGGAAGGUGACAACAACGUUCUGGCCAUCAACGCUGGUAGAUCCAUCAUCAAGUACUACCAAGCAGCACAAAAGGGUAAGAAGAUUGGUGAAGAUUUUGCCUACUUGGGUGAAAACUUGCCUGCUGAUUUGGACUUCUCAGAUUUGAGAUCUUACAUCACUAUCUGGGCUGCCAUCAUCCAAAAGGUUGCACAACACGCUUUGAAGAUUUACAAGGGCAACUGGGAACUGGUUUCUCAAGAACGUUUGCUCCUUUCCAAGUUCCACUCCAAUUACUACCUCCUUACUGCUUUCCUCGAACGUAUUCAAUCAGGUGAGUUGACUGGACAAGAGAAGGAGAUUGCUAUCACUAUUUUCAAGCUGUACUCUUUGUACUUUGUCGAUAAGUUCUCUGGAGUCUUUUUACAAUUUAACUCUUUCCAGCCAUCAAAAUUGGGUGAGAUUCAGACAGCUAUCAAGGGCUUGUUUGCUCAGCUUAGACCACACUUGGUUGCCCUGACCGAUGCAUUCAAAUACCCAGACGAGAUUAUCAAUUCCUCUUUAGGUAACUUCAAUGGUGAUUUUUACAACAACUACUUUGGCGACAUUAUUCAAAACUACGGUAAGGGUGAUAAGGCUCCAUAUUUGGAUGUUCUUGCUAGUAUGUUGGGUAGACCUGACCAAGAAGAGAGAUUAUUCCAAUCAAGAACCAAGGAUGUCUUGGAGAAGCUUGGUAACUGA